UGAGAACAAUUAUACGUCAACUUAUAAUAUAGACAAGCGCACGUUACAUGUUCAAGUAAAGCAUACUUCCAGAACUGACCUUAAGACGACCAAGAUGGCUGGAGUCCCAAAUAGUCCCGCGACCGUCCUAAUCACGGGAGCGAACCGAGGCCUAGGCAGAGCUUUGCUCACUCGGUUUCUGCUUAAACCCAACACCACUGUUAUCGCUACUGUGCGUCGUCCCGAACAUCCUACGAGCCAAUCCUUGUCUGAACUCCCCCGCGGCGAAGGCAGCAAGCUGAUCACUGUCAAAAUCGAUUCUGUAUCGGAUACGGAUGCGCAGGAUGCCGUCAAGCUUAUCCAGACGAAACAUGGGAUCGAUAGGUUAGACGUCGUCGUUGCCAAUGCAGGCUACGGCACGGUAUAUGGGGAUCUAUCGGAGGUCAAGCCACACGAAGUUCGAGAUCUUGUCGACAUAAACACUAUAGGCCCCUUACGCCUUUUUCAAGCUGUCCGGUCGCUUCUUGAAGCAGGCAACCGGCCUCGGUUUGUGCUGAUGGGUACACCGAUCGCCAGUAUUGCGGCCAUGGAGAAUUCGCCUUUCGCGAUGUUUGCGUAUGGCGCGAGCAAAGCUGCCGCACACUACCUCACGAGAAAGAUUCAUUGCGAAAGCCCAGCUCUAAUCUCUUUUGUCGUAGACCCCGGGUUCAUGCAAACGGACACGGGGAACACAGGGGCGCGGCAUUUCGGAUACGAGCAAGCGUUCAUGCCACUCGACACGGCUGCCGAUUUUGUAUUCGACCAGAUUGAGAAGGCAUCGCGGGAGAAAACCUCAGGCAAGUUCGUCACGAUUGACGAGACGCGAGAGUUCAAUGAGUGGUAGUUCGUGAUAAAUUGUGGAAUGCUUAGACCAUGU